GUCUGCCUCCGCGACCCCCGCGACCUCCCCGCGACGCUUCGCUCCCGCAGACUGCGCCCUGUCCACCCUCCAGACACAGGCAGUGCCCGCCCCCCGGGCCCGCUGAUUGGCAGGCGGUGCAGCGACUCCUAGAGCCCGGCUUUGGUUUGGCAGGCCCAGCGGAGGGCACAUCUUACCGUAGCCAAUAGGAGGCAAGAGGCGGGACUUGCGGCCAGGAGGAGGUGCUGGUCAGGUGCUUUGCGCCGAGGCUGCGUGCAGGUGAACGGCAGCAAGUUCAAGGGGCAAUUCUCGCUUCCGCCACCUCCCCGCUAUUGCCCCCGGGUCUGCGUGAGCCCCCCUACCCCCCCGACUCACCAUCCUCUUGUCCCAACCCCAUGCGGGCCGUCCGGAUCACUGCAAGGAUUGUCUUACACUGAGCUGAUCAAAUACUUUGAAAAUGACUUCCAAACUCCUCUGGGUGUCCUUCAUACUUGCUGCGUUAAUACUGUCCAUUACAUUUUCUCUCCAACCAGACCAGCAAAAGGUUCUACUGGUUUCAUUUGAUGGAUUCCGUUGGGAUUACUUGUAUAGAGUUCCAACACCCCAUUUUCAUUAUGUUAUGAAGUAUGGUGUUCAUGUGAAGCAAGUUACUAAUAUUUUUAUUACAAAGACCUACCCUAACCAUUAUACUUUGGUAACUGGCCUCUUUGCAGAGAAUCAUGGGAUUGUUGCAAAUGACAUGUUUGAUCCUAUUCUGAAUAAGUCUUUCUCCUUGGAUAACAUGACUAUUUAUGAUUCUGAGUUUUGGGAAGAAGCAACGCCAAUAUGGAUCACAAAUCAGAGGGCGGGACAUUCUAGUGGUGCAGCCAUGUGGCCUGGAACCGACGUAAAAAUACAUAAUAGCUUUCCUACUCAUUAUAUGCCUUACAAUGAGUCUGUGUCAUUUGAAGAUAGAGUUGCCAAAAUUAUCGAGUGGUUUACGUCAAAAGACCCCAUAAAUCUCGGUCUUCUUUAUUGGGAAGACCCCGAUGAUAUGGGCCACCAUUUGGGACCCGAGAGUCCACUCAUGGGGCCUGUCAUUUCGGAUAUCGACAACAAGUUGGGAUAUCUCAUACAAAUGCUAAAAAAGGCCAAGUUGUGGAACAUUCUGAACCUAAUCAUCACAAGUGAUCAUGGAAUGACCCAGUGUUCUGAGGAAAGGAUCAUAGAACUUGAUGAGUAUCUGGAUAAAGACCACUAUGUCCUGAUUGACCAAUCUCCAGUAGCGGCCAUCUUGCCAAAAGAAGGUAAAUUUGAUGAAGUCUAUGAAGCCCUAGCUCAUGCCCAUCCUAAUCUUACUGUUUACAAAAGAGAAGAGCUUCCAGAAAGAUGGCAUUACAAGUACAACCAUCGAAUUCAACCCAUCAUAGCCGUGGCUGACGACGGGUGGUAUAUUCUGCAGAAUAAGUCAGAUAACUUUCUGUGCAACCAUGGUUACGAUAAUGCAUUAGCAGACAUGCAUCCAGUAUUUUUAGCCCAUGGUCCUGCCUUCAGAAAGAAUUUCACGCAGGAAGCCAUGAGCUCCACAGACCUGUACCCACUGCUCUGCCAUCUGCUUAACAUCACGGGCAUGCCCCACAACGGAUCCUUCAGGAACGUCCAGGAUCUGCUCCGUUCCACAAGCCCAGGAGCGCUUCCUCACACGCCAGGUCCCACACUCCUCCACGGCAGCGUCAAGCCCGGAGACAACGAGAGCGAGGAGUCCUAUGCUUAUUUCUUAGGGGUGUCUCUCGGUAGUAUUGUGGUGAUUGUUUUCUUUGUGAUUUUCGUUAAACAUUUAAUUCGCAGUCAGAUACCUGCCUUAUCAGAUGUGCAGGCUGAAAUCGCUCAGCCAUUAUUACAAGCCUAAUGCUACUUCGAAGUGGAGAUGGUGUACUUACUUCAGUGUUUAAGGGUUUCAGAUUCUAGGAAACCGGUUUCAGACAUUUGCACAGAUCAUUAGGCAGUUAUGUACAUAGAGAGGCACAGACGCAUACCUGCGAAGGAUUAAAGUGGGAGACAGAUGAUUCUCUUAUUGUCUCUGGCUUAGAGGUAGAUAAAAUCCUGCUGUAUUUGGACAUGGCACCUAUAAUGUAUAUAUUUAAUGGCUUUGCACUGUUUAAAGUACCUUAUGUAUUACACUUUGAAUUACUCUCCUCAUGGGUACUUUUAUAUGAAAUGCACUUUAUUGCUGAUUAUGUCUUAUAAUUUGGUUGAAAAAGACAAAUUGUUUUCUGCCUACAUCAUAGACUACUUGUUAUUUGGUGGUCACACAGAAUGAAAUGUCUAAUAAUUCCUGAAAAAUGCCACAAUCUGUCUCCUUAAACUCAGGAACGCAAAAAGAAAGUGAAAACUGUUGGAAAUUAAACACGACAACCUUUGUACGUCGAAUUUUGGAGGGAUGCAUUCCCAACAGCGGGGUGCAUCUGUGGGCAUCCCUUCUCAUAUUUCUUUCUAAAAGACAUGGGUUUUCAUUUUAUUUUCUUUAAAAAAAUUAAAAGGUUCAAGUACUGACAGACUCCUUCUAAACAUCCCAUUUCUGUCAUGAAAUUCAUGAUGGCUAUUUUCCAAGGAGUCCUUUUGCUCUGAUUCUAUAAUAACAAAGACACCAUGAUACCCGUGUCCUUCCUGUGUAGUCUGGCCCUGGCCCGCUGUGAACAGAAGCCAUCGGUGACCAUCCCAGCAAUAAGCUUCUCUUCUUGUUCUGUACUUAAUUGCUUCUUUGAAAGCUAAAUCACUAUGAAUCACAUUAAAAAAUCACAUAAGAUACAACAGUGUUUGUUUUCUUUCUGGUAACAAGUAGUAAGAGAGCACAAGCACCUCGAAGCCUUGAGCAUUUGCGGAUCCAGAGUCGCCAACUAUGUUGGGUAAAACAGACCAUGCGGUCCUCCAGUGGGACUGUGUAGCCAGGGAAGGAAAGUGAGGUGGGACCUUGUCUGAGAUGUACCCGCCUUCCCCAGAGCAACACUGAAGGGUGCCUCGUGGCAGAAACCAGUGAAAUAGCUCGUAGCAGGGACAGGUAUUGAAACAAGGGGAGUGGAGAUCACAGCCUCAGUUCAUGAUCGAGCCCUGGGUGCUCGGGGAUCAAAGAUGAAAUCAGGCUCACGGACAUCUGCUUGGUCACUCAGCUCUUCUCAUUUCAACCAUCAAAUCUGUGCUUUAGAUCUCUGAAGGAGUCAGGUUGGGAGGGACCUAGGGCUUACCUGUCGUUUCUUAGAGGAAAGAGAAAAGCUUGGAAAAAACUGCUUUCUUUGGGAAAAAAAAAAAAGUUUACAUAGACAGAUGGCCCAUAGAUGAUAUUGUGAUUUUGUGUUGUUAAUGCACCAGCUGGCUAAUGAUUAGGUAAAAUAGGUAUGUAGAAAGAAAGAUAAAGCAGAUGUAAAGAACAAAAGUAGUUUUACCUUCAAAAAUAGAGUUGAAUUUAAGUGCUCCCUAAAAUAAAGUGAAUGGGUUAUUUUUUAAAUGAUACCGUAAUGAAGGUUAGCACUCGAGUCUCAUUUCAUUACAAAGCCUUUUAAUCAAACAGAAUGGAAUUCGUGGACUUGCUCUGACAUUAAAAAGCUGAGAAGUUAGAUGGUAGAUGGCAAACUCAAGAAGUCUGAACUCUGAAUGAGACGUUUGAGAAUCCUUGGUGGCCACUCCCGUUGGCUUGCUGCAUAGCCAUGAACUUUACCCGCAUUAUUGAGAUGCCAGCAUAAUGACCAAAAGAUGAAAUUGGUCUUUUUAAACGCAUUACUGUUCAAAUUCUGUCUGUCCAUUUAAAAAUUGUUACAUUAAAUUCACUUUAGAACUGUCUCAGUGGUAAGAGAAAAGCACAUGCUAUACCAUUGAUGAAACCAUUAAAAUUCUGAUCUGGAUAUUG